AUGGCAAAUGAGAGAGACUCCAGGGCGAGAAAGGCGCCCGAUGUGAAGAAGCCGAAGAUGGGAGCCGAGGAAGAGGAGUGCCACACAGCAGUGCCGGAUGAAGACUGCUUCUGGGCCACCAAGUGGCUCAUGGACGAAGGCAGAAUCAAGCAUCCGGAUGCCUACCCCGAGGUUACAGCCGAGUCCACCUGGGAAGAUGCCCAGCGCGCACUGUGGAAGAGCGGCAAGAACGAGUGUAAGAAGCCCUGCAAAGAAGAACCUGAAGAGAUCUCUGGCAAAGCCGGUACAGCGAAGAAAGCCGAAGGGAAGGAGGAAGAAUGCCACACUUCAGUGCCGCAUGAGGAUUGCUACCAUGCCACCAAGUGGUUGAUGGACGAAGGCAGAAUCAAACAUCCAGAUGCAUACCCGGACGUUACAGCCGAGUCUUCCUGGGAAGAUGCCCAGCACGCGCUGUGGAAGCGCGGAAAGAGUGGCUGCAAAAAGCCCUGCAACCAUGAAUCCGAGACAGAGACCGAAGAGGUUGACCAGGAAGAGUGCCACAACGCUGUGCCGCACGAGGAUUGCUACUACGGCACGAAAUGGCUGAUGGAAGAAGGCAUACAAAAGAAUCCAGAGUGGUUCCCCGAGAUCACGCCCGACUCGCCCUGGGCCGACGCGCAGAAGGCGCUCUGGAAGCGCGGGAAGAAUGGCUGCAUGAAGCCCUGCCCAGUCACGAAGUAG